AUGGGCACCUCUAGCAUCUUCCUCUGCCUCCUGUGUCUCUGUGGGGCCUUGGGUCUCAGCACUUCUCCAGCCCCAAAACGGCUUCGCUGUUACACCUGCAACUUUGCCAAACCCUGCUAUCCUGUCCCCACCGAGUGUCAGGAUGAUGAAGCUUGUGGCAUUAGUACUGGCACCUCAGAACAGGGUGAGAACAUUGAACGGAGGGGCUGCCUCCCAAGGUCCCAGUGCCCCCUGCAGGGCCAUGCCACCUAUUGGUCACGCUCCUACACUCUGCUGCACCGCUGCUGCCAACAGGACCUAUGCAACGCUGCCACAGCCCUGCAGUGGCUCCCCAACCCCCUUCUGCUCACCACUCCACUCCUCCUAUCCGCCAGCAUCAUCUGGGGAGGCCACCUUCUCCACUAA